AUGACGGCUGGCGCCGACUGGCUGCAGUCAAUCCAGAACGACGAUGGUGGCUGGGGCGAGUCCCUGCAGUCAUACUGCCACACAAGCUGCGCUGCGUGCAGUCCGUCCACGCCAUCACAGACGGCAUGGGACUUGAUGGACCUUUUGACGGUGUUCCCUUCCGACGACGAAGUCGUUUUAGCCGGCAUCACGUAUCUCUUGCACGCAUAG